AGAACAUCAGAACAGAAGAUGCGGAUGCCAGCUGUUCAACCACUUUGCUUUCUUCUUCUAUUUGGUUCAUUGUGUUAGUUAGGGUUUUCAGAGCUUCACUUUCUUCGCUACCCACUCUCCAAAUGUAAUUCGCUUUUACCUCAAUACAACAACGCAACCCACUUCUCAAUUCCCAAAAAUUAAAUAAAUUCCUUCGUUUCUGUAACUACAGAUAUUGUAUAAUUGUUCGGUUUUCCGCAAUUUUUUCCAUCCCUCUGUGUUCACGUGCGUCAAUGUCCUGCCACGCGUGCGGAUUUUCAUGGUGGAGCUCGUGUUGUAAGUGGAAUUUAGUCUCCGUUUGACAUGUGGGUUGUAGGUGGAAGUUAUUGAAUGUUGAAUUGUUCAGCUUGAGGAAUUGUAACUUAUUUUGGAUGCAUUAAUCUUGAGCAUAUGAUUACUGACUUAACUAGUGACUAAAAUAGCUUGUCUUGGGAGCAUUCAGAAUUGGCCUUAUUGUGAUAUUCUGAAAAAAUAGCUAAAACGGGGUCGCUUUGUUGUGUGGCUUCAAGGCCACAUGGAUCAAAUUCAGGCAGUAGGGACUGGUCCAUGGGUCCAAAUGAGCCCUACUGGCGAACGAAUUCCAGUUUCUCACCACCUCCAACAAGAUGGGAUUUCAGAUUCCAGUCUGAAGGGCUGCCGUAUGGUGUGAAUGAUGGUAUGCAACUAUACGGGUCUUCUACAUCAUCAAAUGGUAAAGAAAGUAGAGGCUGGGUCAGAGGAAACCACCUAUAUGAUCUUCACUAUUCUGCUUCAGAUGGUACAGGGAUUUUCCUUAGCAGUCCAUCUGACCUUUCUCAGGGUCCUCAGUGGACGCCUCCAGCAAUACAAGAAAUAAGUAUUGACGAUUAUGAAACAUUGACUAGGAAAGAGUCUCAUCCUUCCGCAAGCCGGGUAUCUUUCAUUCCCACUAAGGAGGGAACAUCUGCAAAUCCCAAUAGCAGGGGCUCAAUGUCAUCUCAAUCAGAAAGUAGUGAAUCCGAGUCUACUACAAAAUCACAUUUAUCCUCUCAGAGGAAUUUCUCUAAUCAUCGUUCCUUCAUCUCUAAACCCAUUCAUCCUAUGUCCUUUCAUGACCACCUUACAACUGCUAGAGAUGCCUUUGAUCCUGCAGUAACGGAUUUUACAGAGUUUGAUACUUCUACCCCACUCAGAGAUGGCCAGCAUUGGAGUAGUGCCAGCAGUAGUCAGGAGUUUGCUGAUGUUACCGAGUCAUUUGAAUUAGAAACGCCUGGUCACCCACAUAUUCCUCCAGAUGGAUUUAGAUGUGGUUUGUGUGAAAGAUUUCUAUCACAGAGAUCUCCUUGGAGUUCCCGCCGUAUUGUGAGAAGUGGAGACAUGCCAACAAUUGGGGUUCUUCCUUGCUGUCAUGCUUUUCAUGCUGAAUGUUUGGAGCAGGCAACGCCAAAGACCCGGAAAAGUGAUCCUCCUUGCCCUGUGUGUGUCAAAUUGGAGGAGGAAAAUUCCACUGAUCAAAGAGGUCUUUUGAGAUCAAGAAAUGGUCCUCCUCGGCUUAAAUCUUGUGAGGAUGGACCCUCAAGACCUUGGGGCUGUGCACAGGUGGGUGAUUGUGUUGAAGGGGCUCUUCAUGCACCACCACGCAAUGCUAUGUUCCUACUUAAUAGAAAUCGUAUAAAAAAGAACCUUUCUUUGAAGGGUAAUAUAAGCAAGGAAUUUCCUGGUAAGGUGAAGAAAAGUGGGACAUAUUCUUCACAGAUGUUUAGUGGAAGCUCAGCUGAUCAGGAAGCAGUUGGCUGCUCAAAGGCAAGUGCAGGCUCAAGUGUGUGGAGGUAAUGGCAAAUGUUGGAAACUUGUAACUUAAGCAAGAAAAUUGCGUGUCCCGCUUAGUCGAGUGAAAUUUUAUGACUUGGAUUCCUAACCUGUUCAUGAUCUUGUAUAGAUUGAUUUCUUGUAUGUGUUUUCGCUUGGAACUUCAUCUUAUUUGUGCGUUUGAUAUUCUAUCUAUAGUUAGUGCUUUAAACGUAUUAACUUUUGUUAGUGGAGUUCAGAUUGAAAAAUCACCAACCGUUGGAAAAUGUUAAAUAAACUGUUUAGGUAAAUAAUGUAUUUAAGGAAUUAUUUAAUAAACUUAUAUUACAUGAAGGUUUGU